CCUGCACGUCCGCCAACAUCGACCUGGUGCUUCUGAUCGACGGCUCCAAAAGCGUUCGUCCUCAAAACUUUGAGCUGGUUAAAAAGUUUGUCAACCAGGUUGUGGACUCUCUGGAUGUCUCCACUCAUGGUACCAGAGUUGGUCUGGUCCAGUACUCCAGUCGGGUCAGAACAGAGUUCCCUCUCAACAUGUACCACACUGCUGAGGAUAUCAAAGCUGCUGUCAUGAAGGUGGAGUACAUGGAGAAAGGGACGAUGACGGGUCUGGCCCUGAAGCACAUGUUGGAGAACAGCUUCUCAGAGGCAGAAGGCGCUCGUCCGGCCGCUCGCAACAUUCCCAGAAUCGGACUGGUCUUCACAGACGGACGGUCCCAGGACGACAUCAGCGAGUACGCCAAGAAGGCCAAGGAAGCAGGAAUCACCAUGUACGCCGUGGGCGUCGGAAAAGCUGUGGAAGACGAGCUCCGUGAGAUCGCCUCCGAGCCGGUGGAGAAGCAUUUCUACUACACCACUGACUUCAACGCCAUCAGCACCAUCGCAGACAACCUGAAGCUGAAUGUGUGUCCAGAGGAGAGUCAGGGGGAGGUGGAGGUGAAGGAUCCAUGCGCCUGCGAGAACCUGGUGGACUUCCAGCAGAACACCGUAAGCAGCCUGGAGCAGCUGACACAGAAACUGGCCGCCAUGACCUCCCGCCUGGUGGAACUGGAGAACCAGCUUCUCUCCAGGAAGUGACCCGGCCACAAGGACCAAAUGUGGGGGGGGCACAGAGUAAGCAGAGUGAGGAGGGGGAGCUGGUCUGACCCCAGCUGAAGCAUUUACCAAACUGCCUCAUGCCGACCUUCCCUCCAGCGGUUCCCAGGGGAUCAACACAAAGACUAGCCUUUGAGGCUCAUUCUGGUGUGGGGGGGUGUUGGUUCUUUCUAUGGAUGUAAACACGACACCCACUUUCUCAAGCUACCACUGAUCAGUGCCUUUAACCUGAUGCAUCUUUCAUUUUCAUCCUGAUGGCUGUGCCACUGCGCUUCACGUGGGCCUGAACACUAGAUGGAAGCAGUCUUCUGCAGAUCAGAGUUUGUCCCAUCAGUCAGUCAGUCGGGAGCACCAGGCUUUCUUCUCCGAGCGCCAUAUUUAUCUGUGUAUGCAGUUUUUUUAAUUAUAGCUUUGAAAGAUGGUUGAUUUUUCAAAUGAAAUAACAGCUUUUCUGCAGAGAGUGAAGGAGUUUAAAUCAGAGUCGUAUUACCACUUCUGUCACUGGACGUGCUCGCUGAAUCUCCUCAAUGUUCUCCCAGAUCGUCACUGUUGAAAACUAAAUUGAGCGCCUCUGAAAUGAAGAGAAAAAAUGUCUGGUGAGACACAGGAACCACAGGUUCCAUUUUACUCAAGUGAAUUGGCCUUUUUUGAUCCUGCCUUCAUUUUUUUUAUUUUCAAGAGUUUACCAGGUUUUAUCUUCAUUUUAUACACCACCUGUUUAUGUUUGUCAAAAAAGCUGGUCAAUGUCAGGAAAUGAUCUGACAAACCUUCAGCUGAACAUAAGUGAGAGUUUCAGUCUGGGAUGUGUUUUGUGUUAAAGAAAUUACCUCCGUAAAUGUAAAUGUAUGCCUCAGUGUUUGAACUCUUGGAUGUUUCAACAGCUUUUCUUUUUUAAUAUUAUUUGUAUGAAUCUCUUCAUUUACAGCCCAGAAUGCAAUAAAAGGGUGAAAUUUGA